AGCGUAAUCCGGAAGAAAAGAGGAAUCGCAUGAGUUUGUUUGGGAUCCUAGGUUAUCCUUCUUCGAAUUCGAACCACUUUACGACGUGUCUUCUGAUCUACAUCCUUCAUUUUUCUCCCCAGUUACCGAUUUCUCUCUUUCAAUUCGAGCAGAAAUCGUUAGAUCCGUCAUCGAUUAAUAGUAGCGGUGAUAAUAAUUUUAAUAAUCUACCGAGUAAUCGUCUGAUUAAUCGCCGAUCGUUGUUGAAUCAUGGAGUCGGGAGGCAAGAGUAAUCGCCAACUGCGUACAGCUGUUUGCUUCUCAACUGGCCAGAGGAUGAAGUCAAGGUCACCUUCCGUGAUCGUCAUCGGAGGUGGUUUUGCGGGAAUUACUGCUGCUCGGACUCUUCAAGAUGCCUCCUUUCAGGUCGUUGUUCUGGAGUCACGAGAUCGCAUUGGUGGGCGAGUUCAUACCGAUUACUCGUUUGGUUUUCCUGUUGAUCUUGGUGCAUCUUGGUUGCAUGGUGUAUGCAAGGAGAAUCCUCUCGCACCAUUGAUUGGAAGACUUGGCUUGCCCUUGUACCGCACCAGUGGUGAUGAUUCUGUCCUGUACGAUCACGAUCUUGAGAGUUACGCUUUGUUUGAUAUGGAUGGCAACCAAGUUCCUCAAGAGCUGGUUACGAAGGUUGGCAAAACGUUUGAGUGCAUUUUGGAAGAGAUCAAUAAAGUUAGAGAGGAGCAAACGGAAGACAUGUCGAUAUCUCGAGCCUUUGCAAUUGUAUUUGAGAGGAGGCCUGAUUUGAGGUUGGAGGGGCUUGGCCAUGAUGUGCUUCAAUGGUAUUUGUGCCGGAUGGAAGGGUGGUUUGCUGCUGACUCUGAAACAAUCUCGGCAAAGUGCUGGGACCAGGAAGUAUUGCUGCCUGGUGGACAUGGUCUCAUGGUUAGAGGGUAUCGUCCUGUCAUCAACACUCUUGCCAGAGGUCUCGAUAUCCGUCUUGGCCACAGGGUUGUCAAGGUCGUGAGGGGGCACCAUGGAGUGAAGGUGACCACAGAAAAGGGUGACACUUUUGUCGCGGAUGCAGCUGUUAUCGCCGUUCCACUCGGAGUCCUGAAGGCUGGGAUCAUAAAAUUCGAACCGAGGCUUCCGGACUGGAAGCAAGAAGCCAUCAACGAUCUCGGGGUGGGGAUUGAGAACAAGAUCGUGUUGCACUUUGACAAGGUAUUCUGGCCGAACGUAGAGUUUCUAGGAGUGGUAGCGGAGACAUCAUACGGGUGCAGCUAUUUUUUGAACCUGCACAAGGCGACGGCUCAUCCCGUGCUGGUGUACAUGCCGGCGGGGCAGCUGGCCAAAGACAUCGAGAAGAUGCCUGAUGAAGCGGCUGCUGAUUUUGCAUUCACGCAACUGAAGAAGAUCCUUCCGGACGUGUCUCCGCCCGUGCAGUAUCUGGUGUCGAGGUGGGGAACCGACGUGAACUCGCUCGGGUCGUACAGCUACGACAUUGUGGGGAAGCCGCACGAUCUGUACGAACGGCUGAGGGUGCCGGUGGACAACGUGUUCUUUGCGGGGGAGGCGACGAGCAUGAGCUACCCCGGCUCGGUGCACGGAGCAUUCUCGACGGGAGUGAUGGCGGCCGAAGACUGCAGGAUGCGGGUCCUGGAGCGUUAUGGCGAGCUCGAUCUCUUCCAUCCCGUCCUGGGCGAGGACGCUUCCUCCGUAUCCGUCCCCCUCCUCAUCUCCCGUCUCUAAAAGACAACAGAUUAAUACCAUCGCCAUUAGCGAAAAACAAGAUCGGUGUUUACGUUGGUUAUUAUUAUCCGUUUGGUGUGUAAAAGACUCGCUCUUACAUAUUAUAUAUAUAUAUGUAUAUGUAACGUUUGCUAAUAUUUCCAUAUACUCAUAUUAUUAUUCUGUGAUAAUGAAGGGAAAAGAUCCUUGAUGGUUAA